UACCCAAACAACUAUUGCAGUAAUUAAAUUACACUUUAUAGUCAAUGUUAGGGAUUAGAAGCUUAACGGUCAUAAGACCAAGAGCAUGUUUAACUAUUACCAGAAGUUAUGCAGCUCAAACACCAGCUAAAAAAGCAAACAAACCAGAUAAUGAUAUAAGUCAAAUACCACUUAAUCAAAUCUUUGUAUUAACUGAUUAUUAUAUUCCACCUAAAUUUAAAGAUUGUCCAAUAAGUUCAUGGCCAAAAUUAUUUAUAAGAAAAUUAGGUACUAUGGCAUUUUCAACUUAUAGUGUUUUCCGUUAUAAAAUGGAUACAAAAAGACCAAUUAAAUUUAAUUUAUGGAAAGAUAAAGGAAUUGAAAAUUUUGUUAGAGUUAAUAAAUCAUUUGCUAAUGCAUGUAGUAAAAAAGUUAAAGAACGUUCAACAUUUUUAAAUUCUCAAUUAAGUGAAGUAGCAGCCGUUCCAGUAAUUAGUAGUUUAGCAGAAAGAGCUGCAACUUUCCCAGCUGGAGGUAGAACAAGUUGGGAAUUAAUUUCAAUUGAAGGUAAUCCAAAAAUUGUUAAUGUAUUAGCAAUUCCUGAUAAAAUGGAAGUAACUUGUUAUGUACAAAUGGUUAUGAAAUUAUCAACUAAACAAAAAUUUACUGUAAAAUUACCUGAAAAAAAUAUAACUGAAGAGAAAGUACUUACUGAUUAUCUUGUUUUCACAGUUCAUCCAUUUACUGAUGAAGUUAUGUUAUCAGGUAAAUUAUUUGAAUCUGAUCAUUUAAGAAAGAUUACUCCUGAACUUGCAGCUGAUGAUAUGAAUGUUAUGAAAGCAUUCAUGAAGGCAACAUCCGAUAUAUAUCGUACUAAUCCUCGUGCUAAGGAAUAGAUCCUUAUAUCCAUCCACCGAACCAUUGUAAAUAGACUGUAUAUACAUACUAAAUAUAUUAAGUGC